AUGGCCAAGAAGCACCUGAAGCGUAUCUAUGCCCCCAAGGACUGGAUGCUGAGCAAGCUCACGGGCGUGUUCGCUCCUCGCCCGCGUGCUGGGCCCCACAAGCUGCGCGAGUGCCUGACGCUGCUGAUCAUCAUCCGCAACCGCCUGAAGUACGCGCUCAACGCCGCUGAGGCGCAGAUGAUCCUCCGCCAGGGCCUCGUGCACGUCGACGGCAAGCCGCGCAAGGACACCAAGUACCCGGCCGGCUUCAUGGACGUCGUGGAGAUCCCCAAGACGGGCGAUCGCUUCCGCAUCCUGUACGACGUGAAGGGCCGCUUCGCUCUGGUGAAGGUCAGCGAGGCUGAGGCGAACGUGAAGCUGCUCAAGGUGGAGAACAUCUACACCAGCACGGGCCGUGUCCCUGUCGCCGUGACGCACGACGGCCACCGCAUCCGUUACCCCGACCCGCGCACGCACCGUGGUGACACUGUGGUGUACAACCUCAAGGAGAAGAAGGUUGUUGACCUCAUCAAGACCGGCAACGGCAAGGUGGUGAUGGUGACGGGCGGAGCGAACCGUGGCCGUAUUGGCGAGAUCAUGUCGAUCGAGCGCCACCCUGGUGCGUUCGACAUUGCGCGUCUGAAGGACGCCGCCGGCCACGAGUUCGCCACGCGCGCCUCGAACAUCUUCGUGAUUGGCAAGGACAUGCAGAACAUUCCUGUCGUGCUGCCGAAGCAGCAGGGUCUCCGCAUCAACGUGAUCCAGGAGCGUGAGGAGAAGCUCAUCGCUGCUGAGGCGCGCAAGAACGCUCAGGCCCGUGGCGCCCGCAAGACGCGCAAGUAG